AUGAAGGUAGCUGUUGUUGUUUACUCCACUUGGGGUCAUAUCUACUCCCUUGCUGAUAAAGUAGUUGAAGGUAUUAAGUCCACUGGUGCUGAAGUUGAAUUACUUCAAGUGGCUGAAACCUUGUCUGAAGAAGUUUUAACUGCUAUGCAUGCUCCUCCAAAACGUAAAGAUAUCCCAGUUCUUAAUCCUGAAGAAUUGCCAAAGUAUGAUGCAUUCGUCUUUGGUUUCCCAACCAGAUUUGGAGCUGGUCCUGCUCAAAUAUUUGAGUUUUGGGGUCAAACAGGUGGUUUAUGGGCCUCCGCUGCAUUAGCAGGUAAACCUGCUUCAUUCUUUGUUUCCAGUGGUACUCCAGGUGGUGGUCAAGAAGUUACCCUUAGAAAUAGUUUAUCAUUCUUUGCUCAUCAUGGUAUGCCUUACAUCCCAUUGGGAUACAAGGAUACUUUUGCUGAAAUCACCAACUUGGAAGAAAUCCAUGGUGGUUCUUCUUGGGGUGCUGGUACUUAUGCUGGUAGUGAUGGUUCCAGACAACCAACUGAAUUGGAAUUGACUGUUGCUUACAAGCAAGGUGUUAGUUUCGCAACUCAUGCUGUUAAGUUCACUUCGGAACCAGAAAAGAAGUCAGAAACUAACACCGCUACCAUUUCAGCUUCAGAUUCAACCACUAACAUUGCUACAAAGCCAGCUGCAAAGACCACUGAAACUUCUAAGACAGCAAGACAGUCUCAACAAGAGCCCGCUCCAACUGCAACAAAGUCUGAAUCCAAAUGUUGUGUCAUUGUGUGA